CUCGUACCCAAAAAGACAGACACAAACACAAACACAAACUCCCUUUCUUUCUUUCUUUCUUUCUUUCUUUCUUUUCGCUUUCACCCAUCGUAUCAAAGCCAUCCAAAACGGGUGUUCCUCUGUGGAUGCUUGGAUUCGGUGCAGUUCGUCUGCGAACCGACAUGAAUCGCUUGCUUUCAGUCCUCUUCCACCAAGGCGUUCUCGAUGAACAGUUCUUGCAGCUCCAACACCUCCAAGAUCAAUCCUCCCCCAACUUCGUCUCCGACGUCGUCACCAUCUACUUUCACGAAUCCGAAAAGCAGCUUCGCAACCUCCGAAACCUACUGUUGGAUAAGGAGACAUGGGAUCAUGUUAAGCUCGGAAUACAUUUGAAUCAGUUGAUGGGAAGUAGUUCCAGCAUUGGUGCUAAAAGAGUUCGGAACAUUUGUGCUGUGUUUCGGGCUGCAGUUGAACAGAAUAAUCGUCCAGCAUGCAUGAGGGCAUUAGAGGUGCUUGAACACGAAUAUUGUUAUCUGAAGAACAAGUUGCAUGAACUUUUUCAGAUGGAGCAACAAAGAGUGCUUGGAGAUGCAGUGAGGUACGCAGGUGUAGUGCACCAGCAGUGAAUCGAAGCGCAUGUAGGUAGCAUGGGGUGUGGCUUUUGGGUCUUAUAGGUUG